UGCAAGCAGUCCUUUAAUUAAUAGAUACAGAACUGGGUUUCCCUCAAAAUAUAGAAACAAACCGCGAUCUUUAGUUGGGUAUGAUUCUUCUGCUGCUUACAGUUGACACAUCUCUCGCUGAUUCGAAGGCAAAUGUGAGUGCAAAAAAUGAUUUAGAUCUGCAAUCAAAUAACAUAAACGUUUCGAAUGAGCAAGCUGGUGAAUCGGGCUCAGUUUCUGAUUCUAAUGAAGUUCGUAAAGAAAAGAAAAAUAAAGUAAAUAAAUUAAAGGAGAUAGCUGAUGGUGGUAAGAAAAAUAAUGAUAAUUCGAGUGGCCAAUCUGGGUCCAAAAAAACAGAUAAUUUGGAAGAGGACACAAAUAAGUUCAAUGAGAAAUCACAAGCGGAGAGUGAUGAUAGUAAAAAGAAGACUACGCCUAAAGAGAGUGGCAAUGGAGAGGAGUCAAGGCAUGCGACAAAGGGUUCUCAUGUUGAAGAAUGUGAUCCAUCUAACAAGUGCGCAGAUGAGGAGAAGAAAUUGGUUGCUUGUUUAAGAGUUCCAGGAAAUGAUUUUCAUUGGGAUGCAAUCAAUGCUAGCAAGCCAACUGAUCGGAAUUUACUUUUGGAAUAUGUGAUAAUUGAGUAUCUAUAGGAGAAUAUGAAAAUAAAGAAUAGAGUUAUCAGCUGUAAUAUGUUGCAAAGAUCCACAAUAUUCACUUUUAAUUCAGAAUAAAGGGAACAGCCCUCUCACUGUUACUAUUUCUGCUCCGGAUUUUGUUCAACUGGAGACAACAGAAAUUCAACUCCAAGCAGAACAAGAUGAAAAGGUGAAGGUCUCUAUCACAAGUGGCGGAAGUGACCACUCAAUAGUUCUAAGGGCAGGAAAGGGUCAUUGCAACCUGGAUAUAACGCAUUUGAUUGCUGCCAAUUUUGGCAAGGGGUUGGAUAACUCUCAUAAGCCUACUUACUUAAACUUCUUGUCACGAACCCCUACCAUUGUUGUCUUGGCCAUUGCUACACUGCUAAUACUGGCAGUAGGUUGGAUGUGCAUCAGCUUCCGGAAGAAGCAACUCUUCAGCAGAGGCUCUAAGUAUGAAAGGCUAGACAUGAAUCUGCCAGCUUCUAGUGGGGGAAAAGCAGACUCUGAAGUUAAAAAUGGAUGGGAUAACAGUUGGGGUGAUGAUUGGGAUGACGAAAAGGCACCUAAGACACCAUCACUAUCCGUUACCACAAGCCUGUCAUCGAAAGGCAUUGCCUCACGACAAUUGAGCAAGGAGGGAUGGAAAGAUUAGCUGACUAUAAAACAAAGGGGAAAAAGAAGACAUCAUAGAUACAAUUUCCAUUUUUUUGAACUUUCUUUUUUGUUUAAUAGGUAGUCUUUUCAUUCUCUUUUCCCCAGUGGGCAUAGAUACUUACAGAUCAGUCUGAAAUUUCAACUUACUGCUACUUUUUUCACUCCAAUCCUAUAUAGAUUUUUUACGGAGCAAA